AUGUUAGACGACGAUAUAACUAUACCAUACAGAGAUUUAAAUGACGAUGAAAAAGCUUUGUUAGCCAAAAUUUGCUGGAGAAAACAGUUGCUUCUGCAUGAUAUUCAGCAAAUCAAAGAUGAGAUAUCACAAGUCAUCAAUGAGAUUGAAGCAUUUGAAAAUACAGAAGCUGAAAGAGAAAAUCCACAAGAGAAAUAUUUAUCAAUUGGUAGAAAGAAAUUCAACAUGGAUCCAAAAAAGGGAAUACAGUAUUUGAUAGAACACAAUCUGCUGGAAAAUAAUGCUCAAAGUAUAGCUCAUUUCUUGUUUAAAGGUGAUGGCCUUAAUAAAACUGCCAUAGGAAAUUACUUAGGAGAAAGAGAUGAGUUGAAUAUCCAAGUGUUGAAAUCAUUUGUCAUGUUGAACGACUUCUGUGGCAUGAUCCUCGUACAAGCACUCAGACAGUUUUUGUGGAGUUUUCGGUUACCAGGAGAGGCGCAGAAAAUCGAUCGAAUGAUGGAAAUGUUUGCCCAGAGGUACUUCGAUCAGAAUCCUGCAAUUUUUAAAACCACCGGCUAUCAUGAUACAUGUUACGUUUUGUCAUUUGCGAUAAUCAUGCUGAACACCUGCCUACACAAUCCCAGCGUGAAGGACAAGCCGACAGUCGAAAGAUUCAUAGCAAUGAACAGAGGCAUCAACGAAGGUGGAGAUCUGCCCCAAGAACUUCUCGAGAGUUUAUAUGAAAGCAUAAAGAAUGAACCGUUCAAGAUUCCGGAAGAUGAUGGCAAUGACCUGAUGCACACUUUCUUCAAUCCUGUAAAAGAGGGUUGGCUAUGGAAACAAGGAGGUCGGGUGAAAAGCUGGAAGCACAGAUGGUUCAUCUUAAAUGAUAACUGUCUCUAUUACUUUGAAUUCACUACAGACAAAGAGCCAAAAGGAAUUAUACCACUUGAAAAUGUUCAGGUUAGAGAAGUAACAAGCAAUCAUCGACCGUACUGUUUUGAAAUACAUUCGACUGGUAGCGAAGUCAUUAAAGCUUGCAAAACAGAUUCCGAAGGGAAAGUCGUGGAAGGUAACCACAGCGUUUAUAAGAUGAGUGCAAUUUCAGUUGAAGACAGAGAUGACUGGAUUAGAAGUUUGAGAGCCUGUGUUAGUGACAACCCUCUGUAUGAAAUGUUGGCCACUAGAAGGAGGAAGGCUACCAAGCAAUGA